GAUGUCAUCAUAUGUCAGGUUUGGCCUUCAUCUUCAAUUACUAGGAAAUCUCGCAAUUUAUAAGGGUUUUACAAUGUUCGAGUAAAGUGAUACAAGCGAAAUCGAUGCUGUGACAACUGACUGGUUUGCUCGUGUUAAAAUGACAUCGAGAAGUAAAAAUGCAGUUCGUAGUUACGAGACUGAGAUCGAAAAAAGUCGGGAGGAGUCAAAUUGGAAGAAGGCCGUGGAGCUGGCUCAACAGCUCAAGGCCAGAUCACCACAACAUGAAAGCCUAUCACAUUUUCUCAUUGGAGAGGGCAAGUUGGAAGCGUAUCUUGAUGAGUGGCCACCUAUUAAGGAAAACAUUGAGAGGGCUCAACGGGAACUCUCCGAAGCUCGGGGAUACUUGACACUGGCUACCGAUGAGGCCGGCAAGAAGGCUGGUGUAGCACUAGAUGCCCACUUGCUGUUAGGAAAGUUAAAUUAUGCUUGCGGAGCCUAUGAUGAUGCAUUGAAACACUAUAAACUGGCAGAGCUGAGUACCUUGACAGAGAAGGAGUUACCUGUACGAAGCCUUCGCAUAGUUGCUGAAUCGUACGCUAUCAAAGGCUUGUGCUUAGAACUGACUGCGGUACCAAGUUCAACGAGUCGAUACAAACAAGCAGAGCGAGAGUCUGAAAUGGUCCGCAGCUUCGAGCUGUCGUCGGAGCUGAGCCUGCUGUACCUGCAGCGCAGCUCGCGCGCGGCGGGCGCCACGCUGGAGGCGGCGCUGCUGCGGGCGCCGCUGCUGCACAUCCGCGCCGGCCGGCUGGGCGCCGCCGUCGACAGGUACCGUGAGAUGCUGACGGCAGUGGAGUCAGUAUCGACGCAAGCUCUACGGCUAACGGUAGCGCGACAACUGGCCGAAGUGCUCAUGAGGGGAGUCACGGGACAGGUAUACAAACCGCCACAGAAGGUGGUAGCACCACCUCAGUUACAAGGGACGCUAACGAGGAGAAGAGAAGAAUACGUGUCGGAGGGACCUUGGAAACCGAAGAAGUAUGCUUCAAUUAAUCAGUUCGUGCCGCGCAGCCAGCACGAGGAGGUGCUGCUGCUGCUGCUGCUGGGCGAGGCGCUGGCCGUGCGCGACGCCGUGCUGUCGCAGAGCGGCGAGUUCGCGGCCGCGCGCGACCACUCGCUGCGCAACGCCGUGGCCGGCGCCGACCUGCUGGCGCUGGCCGCCGGCCGCUGGGGGCAGCUGGCGCUGGUGCUGGAGUCGCUGGAGCGCGCCAUGAAGUUCUCGUUCGGCGUGGCGCACAUCUGGCGCCAGCGCGCGCUCGCCACCGCGGCCGCCGCGCGCGCCGCAAGCCAAACUGGGUUUCAGGCAGGAUCAUUUCCAAAAGGCAGCUCGGCGUGGUCGCUGAGCGUGCGCGCGCAGGGCGUGUCGCGCCGCGCCGCGCCGCUGCUGCCGCACGACGCCGCGCUGCGCCUCGUGGCCGCCGCUACCGCCUACCGCGCCGGAUGGAUAGAGGACGGCAUAGAGGCAGCGGAGGAGGCGCUAGCGAUAGAAGAAAAACAGAAUGGUCCUCUGCUCGCCCGCUGCUACUUAUACUGCGGGAUAGGCAGGCAGAUGAAAGCGCAGAAAACAAAUUCUCGUAUCGAGAAGGAAGCGGAUAACGAUACUAGUUUAAAGAUGCUACUUAAAGCUGUAGAAUUAGACGACAACGACCAUUUAGCGUUUUAUCACCUCGCGCUGCAGUACAUACACUUGGGCAUGCUCAACGAGGCAAUGGACGCGACGCGCACGUGCCUGUCGGUGCGCAGCGAGUGCAGCGGCGGGCUGCGGCUGGCGACCGCGCUGUGGGGCGUCGCGGGCGCGGGCGCGAGGGGGCGCCGCGCGCUGGCCGCCGCGCGCCUGGCGCACCACCACUACCCCGCCGCCGACUGGCCGCUGGCCGCGCUGGCGGCGCUGCAGCUGGAGUGGGAGAGCGGCGAGGCAGCCCUCGCGACGGGUAAGGAACUACUAAAGCUGGUGAACAACACUGAGAGCGAAGCCGACGCGGAACAUAUGAACGGCUACGCGGACCUCGACGCGUUGUCUGACUCUCAACACGAUGAUACGCAGAGCAACCGGGACGCUGCGUCGAUCCGAGCGGAGUCGGCGGGCGCGUAUCGUAUGGAGAGGGCGCUGUCGGAGGGGGCGUCGUCACAGUCGGCGGCGCGCGCGCGCGCCCCACACAGCGAGCACCGCGCGCACGCCUGGCUGCUGCUGGCGGAGCUGUGUCUGCGAUUGGGUCGUGUGAGCGCUGCGGCAGGGUGCGUCUCCGAAGCCGCGGCACUAACGCCCUUCAGUCACCUUGUAUUUUAUACGCGCGGGCUCGUGCACGCGGCCAGCGCGGAGUGGAGCGAGGCGCGCACGUGCUUCCAGGACGCGCUGGCCGUGCACCCCACGCACCUGGACAGCAUCGUGCAGCUGGGCGCCACGUACUACGCGCUGGGCUGGCUGCGCCUGGCCGAGCGCACGCUGCGCGAGGCGGGCGCGCUGCGGCCCGCGCGCGCCGACACGUGGCGCCGCCUGGCGCUGGUGCUGGCGGCGCUGGGCGAGCCCGCCGCCGCCGCCGACGCCGCCGCCGCCGCGCUGCAGCCGCGCGCGCUGCUGCCGCGCCUCUGAGAAACCACAAUGCUAGAUGCAAGCGAUACUACUGCCAGAUAGCUCCUAGCUGAACGAAUAUAGAACGAAGUACAGUUAACAUAUCCACAGUACAUAACUCUAAAGUGAAUACAACAAAGUUUAGUUUUUGCAACACACACAAAAAUCACAGAUAAAAUUUAUUUAUUGCGUGUCAAUAAUAAAGAAA